CGGACUGGAAAAGCAGACGGACGCACACGAAGAAAGUGGAGUACCCGGUCGGGAAAAGCGGAGAUCCGGGUGGAAGUCACUCGCGCGCUCCGGCGGGGAGGCCAGCAAGCACCGGCAAGCUGUUAGCGCGUCCGGGACGUGGGAGGGCCACACAGCCCCAGCAGGUGGAAUUGAGCUAUUUGCUGAAGCUUCUUUCCUUUGUAGCCCAGGGAGAAAUUUACAUUUUAUCUUACUAUGGCUUUGGUUCACAAGUUUCUGAGUAGCGCUUAUAUUUUCAGAAAAUGCCUGAAGCCAAGUGUUUCCUCAUGUCCAUUUUUGGGUAAUCGCUUUGCAGACUAUUGUUCUAGUAGUCUUCAGAAACCUGUGGCUGCUCCUGGCAAAACGUCCUCUCAAAGGAAUACUGAAGGGGAUUUGCAAGGACAUCACCAGAGAGAAGUUGCUUUGGAUAUAACCUCUCCAGAGGAAAAGCCGGAAGUUAGUUUUGAUAAGGCAAUUAAAGAUGAAAUAAAGAACCACUGUAGGCGUUUGAAGGAUGAUAUUGUGAAUUAUUGUAUCGGCCCUGAAGGCCGCCCUCUGCAUGAGGUCUUGCUGGAACAAGCCAAGGUUGUCUGGCAAUUCCGUGGAAAAGAGGACUUAGAUAAGUGGAUGGUGACUUCUGAUAAGACAAUUGGAGGCAGAAGUGAAGUGUUCCUGAAAAUGGGCAAGAAUAAUCAGAGUGCACUGCUGUAUGGAACUCUGAGCUCUGAGGCGCCUAAAGAUGGGGAAAGUGGCCACAGUGGGUACUGUGCAAUGAUAUCCAGGAUUCCAAGGGGCCCUUUUGAGAGAAAGAGGUCUUAUGAUUGGUCCCAGUUCAACACUCUGUAUCUCCGUGUACGUGGAGAUGGUCGGCCUUGGAUGGUGAAUAUUAGACAGGACACGGAUAUAAUCCAGAGGAAGGAUCAAAUGUACAGUUACUUCAUGUUCACCCGUGGGGGGCCCUACUGGCAGGAGGUCAAGAUUCCUUUCUCCAAAUUUUUCUUCUCUAAUCAAGGAAGAAUCCGGGAUGCCCAGUACCAGCUUCUGCUUGAUAAGAUCUCUUCUGUUGGAUUCACCCUAGCUGAUAAAGUGGAUGGUCCAUUCUUCCUGGAAAUAGAUUUUAUUGGAGUUUUUGCUGAUCCAGCCCACACAGAAGAAUUUGCUUAUGAAAAUUCUCCAGAGCUUAACCCAAGACUUUUUAAGUAGUAGAGAUGGUAUGGUAAUUUUGUACUACCAAACUGCAUAGUAUCAUCCAUGAUGACAGAGACAAAAUAUUUAACAGCUUCCCAUUAACGGCUGGGAUGUAUUCCCUGAGACAAAGCUAAAUGCUAUUGCCAAGAAAGGCCCCAUAGUGGGAGACACAGCAUGAAACCAGGUUCUAAGCUGUACUUCAGCUUAAAGAAUGCAAGUCCCGAUGUGGAGAUAAUAGGUAAAGAACUUAACUGUUUUGGGUUAGAAUGAUUCCUGUUAGGAACUAUUCCUGCCCAAGUUGGUAUUGUCAAAGCAGGGUGUCUCUAAGAUGAUUGUUGAUGUCUUUGUCUCUCUCUGUUCCUCAUAGGUUUCUUGUGUUUUCUAAUCCAUCAUUUAAGGAGACUGUUAAAGAUUGCUAUACAAUUUAGUGAUUUUUUAGUAUAUUCACAGAAUUGUCAAUCCUUACCAUAAGCUAAUUUUAGAAAAUUCUAUCAAGCCUAAAAAGCAACCUUAAUUGAGUGCCCUUUGCAGGCACUCAUUCUCCCAGCCCAGGUAUCUAUGGAUCUACUAUCUUCAUGGGUUUAUCUUCUCUGGAUAUGUCUCCUACAAAUAGAAUCCAAUAAUAUGUGAUCUUUUAUGUCUGGUGGUUUUUCAUUUAGCAUAAAUGUCUUUGAGAUUUA